AUGAAGCAGGAUAAAGCGGUAGAGGCGCUGGCUAUCCAGACGCCACACGAAGCUACGCGCUUCCCGUCCGGAAAGAAUGUCGACUUCUACCCUUGGACAGGCGAGCAUGCUGAGGACUCCAUCUCUGAGCACGUGAUACGUUCAGGCUACUUUGAACAGCAGAAACCUAAUCUGAAUGAGUCGCAGACCGCAAGACCCUCUCUUUGGGGGCAUCUCAAGAACAAGUCAGGUUUGCACACGAUGUCGUCCUUGCUUGUUGCACUUCUGGAGAAGCGACAGGCUACAGGACGCGUAUCAGCGACAUCAACCUUCAAACCCCCUCCGAGAGUCACCUUCAAAGAUAAGAAGAGAGAGGAGUGGCUUCAUGAGCUUGCAAAGCCUGCAGUGGCCUUGCGUCUUUUAAGCCGGACGAUUCCGCACGGUAUCCGCGGCAAAGGUUUGCUUGAGCAGUGUUUGAGCAAGAACAUCCCAUCUUCAAGAGCCGUCUGGCUGGUCAAAUGUGUUGGAGCGAACGAGAUGCGCGCGUUCAAGAGGAAAGGAUAUGCGGGAGUCAUGGGCUCAGCCGGAGAGCUUAAAUGGAUCAGAGAAUGGACAACGCACGUAGAGCAGUUUGUCGACAAUGUCGUCGAAGCCGACUGCGACGGGACUUGGAAAGCCAGAAUGACCUACACGAUACGCCUAGCUUCGCACCUGUUCUCAGAACGCCUCGUGGACCAUGAUCAUUAUCUGAACUGGCUUCUUGCGUCGUUCGAGCGUAGUGGACUAGACCGAAUCCCAAUCUGGCUUCUGUUGAUACGGAUACACUGGGAUGAUCUGGUAUCCCGCCGUCAACGCGGUUGGUGCCUGGCGGAAGGUCUUCUUCAUCAUCUUGAGAUGGCGACUAGACACGAUAAUUCCGAGGCGUACGCCCCUAUAGCACAUGAGAUACGUCGGCUGGUUGCGUGUUUGAUCGUCAGGCACCCCAAGUGCCUCAUAGCGCCCAAGGUCUUCGGCAAGCAUAAGCAUUUACUGGUUCUGAUUGCAGAUCAAGAUCCCACACUUGAGUGUGCUCUCCGUUUGGUGGAAAGGCGGAACGCGCGUAUAUCCCCUCAAGACAGUCGGCUCGCCCAUCCACUCUCGCCUAAGAAGAGACUGGUUGAUUAUCUAGACGCACAGAAGCAUGUCUCUGAACUCGCAGGUCUCGUAUCGGAUAUUCUCGGAAUGGUGCCUCACUGGGAGCAAGCUGCCGAGGUUGUUCUGCAUUGGGCGUCUUCAGCAUAUCGUCAGGGCCACCAUAGACUCUAUCUGGCAACAGGCCUUCUUCGCUACUGGAGAUCAAAGGGCUUUGAUACAGAUGGUCUCCUGCUACGGUAUCUAUCAAGAGCCGACCAGCGUUUGGAUAUCGAGGAACGUAACUUGUUCAGGAUUGUAGUCGAGCUUGCAUGGACGAAGGACUUCUUUGUCGGCAGAUAUCUACGAUUUCUGAUCUCGAUCGGUGCCCAUGAAGUGGGCCGCUUUACGGCUGAUGCCAUCCCAUGCAUUACACGUUUAAUCUUCGAAUUCUCCUUCUUCGAUCUGCCGCCUCCGACUCUUUACUUACGAAAUAACAUUGUGGACGGAAUUGGCCACACAGACGAGGCAGAUUCAGAACUGCUUGCUGCUGCGAAGACAUUUAUCGCGCAGCACGUUCCCACCUUCUCCGGUUCUCUCUCAAAGUCUUCAAGGGUCGACUAUGUUACCUCAAGCAAGCUCACACAUAGCGCAAGGCUAAAGUUGUCCCGUUGGUUACGCGCUGAACUCCUCAACAGAACGACAAAGAGCGAUUUGCAAACCGCUAAUUCUGGACUGGCUGCUUACGAACUUGUCGAAGGCGAAGGAUAUCAAGGAGACAACCCCGGCAUGGUUCCGUUACUGCUCCGCCUUACCGGCGAGCAGUUCAAGUUCGUCCGGGAUGUUAUAGAGCAACUGGAGGACUUCUCUGUACUUGUCGAUAUCCUAGAAGUAGCUGUCAACUCCUCCAACCCAACAGUACUCUGCACCAUAGCAGAAACGCUAGCAGACCACGAGGAGGUCUUCUCUAUCAUGGGCGCUUUCGGACCGGUCUCACGCAAGCUGUUCGCACGCUGUACCCAGGAGGACGCUGAAGAUCUGAUCGACCGCGAAGUUUAUCAGGCUCUCAGUGAGCUUUCUUGUCGUGUCGACACCGACGUUGAAGUUAUACAACAGCUCUCCGGUCAUAUGGUGCGAUGCGGGCAGAAGAACACGAAUCCGGUCUGCUCACCAGCUUCGGAACAUACAUUCGAGCUCCCCACAGAUAUAGAAGCUAUGUCGGACGAGGCGUUCGAAUGGAUGGCCAAAAACGCCACCGGUGUGGAUGAACACAAGUUUAGACAGAUAUUUGACAGCCUUAUCGCCCGCACCUGCACGCAGCGUGCCAAAAAUGAGAGAGCUAAUACCGCGCCUGCGCCGUUGUUCCGUCGUCUCCGACAUCUGAACAGUCAGUUAUUCAAUCAGCUUCUGUACGGUUGGUUCUCGGGGUGCUCGCAACACACCUACGGAAACAAUAUGCGCCCAGUCGUAUCUGCACUCGUUGCAGCAGGGUGUCUUGACUUGGCCGAGUUCGUGCGUUUUGCCAACGGGCGCACCGCUGAGGUAAUCGUCAGGGACGCGCCGAACGGCGCCAUGUUUGCCUUGAGGGCUCUGGAAGCGGUUCUGCCGAGUGAACAUGCUUCUGAGCUUGGCAAAGUUCAGGAUGUCUACCGGUGUCGACUCGCGCGGCAAGCUUUCUGUAGGAACCCGAACAGCGGCUUUCUAGAGCUUGUACGGACUGUGCUCAACUCCCAAGACGUCGCAGCUUAUCAAGCUACCCCUUGCGAGCUGCUGCGAAGUAGGCGCCUACUCUCAGCGCUAAGACAGGCGGUCCUAGACGAUGCGCAUAAGUUCGCCACUGUGUUUGGCAUAGGCUCGAAUGCGAAAGCCAGUCUGAGCAUUAGCAAGAUGGUUCAGGACCUCACCAAUGGCAAUGAGAACCUUUCAGCAUCGAAAGCCGUGAGAUUACGCCGUAUAGUGGAGUCAGUCGACGAGAUCUCGCUGCCAUUUUGUCAGCUCCAGCUUCGGCAAAUGCUCGCUGAAGACGGACCGUCCUCCGAGACUACGGAAUCCGAGACUGUCAACGCCUUGUUCGAAGCGAUUAGUGGAUUGUUGGACAAAGACCAGUCUCUCGCCUCGCUACUGCUGGGUAGUCUUGAACAGAGUUACCUCCGCAAGAUUGGCGAUGUCGCGAAGUGGAAAGUUCUGUCCGCCGUCCCAAAUUGGAGUGGAGAAGUCGAUGCUUCUGCAUUGCCUCCUAGCGGCCCUUCGUUCAGAAUGGACAAGACGACCAUCAAGAAAUACUUGGUAAUUGUUCACUACAGCACUUCCAGCUCCAAAGACGACGACACUCAAUUCACCAGUGCACUGAUGCAGAAGCUGAGAACGCUUGUUGGGACACUGGUCCCGAAGAAAGAUGCGAACGGAGAGCUAAAGUCUCAGGAGAGAGGCGGGACUACGCCGGCUGAUAAAGAUGUCGACGAGGUGAACACAUGGAUACGCACUCUUCUUGACCUCGUAAUUGCCUAUGAAGGCCCCUUUCGGAGCACAACCUCUGGCUCCUCCCAGCUUAUGAAUCUGCUGUAUACCACGUCCGCUACUGCUGAUGCUCAGGCCCAGAUGCAGAAGAUCUACGCCCACAACGUUCUAUGGGAUACGCGUCUUAGCUCCAUCUUCGGCUCCUCCCCCGAUCCAGACGGCUGGCUGAGCCUCUCGAGUUCUCCGCAUCUCCUCGCUGAGCGUACAUCAAAUCCCAAGGCUACGACCAGCACCGAAGAAGGUCAGAAGAGUCAUGUUGGUGUAAGAUCGCAACAAGGUCGAAGCAUGGCAGGUGCACCGCCGACGUCGCUACCAGUCUCUCAGGGAGGCACAAGCCAUCAGCAACACAAUCCGCCCGCGGCUGGCCAGCAGUCCAGCGGCAGCUCCACUCAGAGAACGACGUCGUUCGUGCUUAGGCGCUGGGAGAUCUUGCCGGACUCAUCAUCAAACACUGGUGCGAAUGACACUGCGCUGAAUCUUGGACUGUUCGGAGCGCGGAAGGUGUAG